AUGCUCCCGGACCCUAAAGAGCUGCGGACACACCGAGGGGGAAUGGGCAGAGCCCAUGGAGGGGAUGCACGGGCGGCUGCUGCUGCUCUUCCAGGACCAAACCCAAAGAAGCCCCUGGCCCUUCGUGCCCCUGCUCCGCUCCCAGGAGAGCUCGUCUGCCCCCAGACUCUGGGAUGCUACGCCACGGAACUUCUCCGCAGACACCGUGCGCUGGCUCAGAAGAUACAGCGCCAGCGCGGCCAGACGCCACCCGUGUUGCUUCUAAAGGGCGUGCAGGGUGAGAGAACGGAACGGGAGGAAAAGAUAGUGGACAGAAGGGACCCCAGGAAGCGGAGACCCGGCGCUCAGCAGCGUUAG